UGGAUUCGGUGGAUUGGAGCAUCAGUUCGCUACACAGUAUCAGUGCAGUUACAUAGUAUUUCCAACGACUUCGGAAGGAAUCCAUCCAACUUUACCGGAACCAUGAACAAGCUCAUCAUCUUGGCUCUCUUCGCCGUGGCCGCAGCCAGCGCCAUGCCAAACUACCCACCCCCACCACCGAAGCCAUACCACGCUCCACCCCCACCACCACACCACGCUCACCCACCACCACCACCACCACCACCAGCCCAUUACGGACACCACGCUCAUCCAGCACCAGCUCCAGUUGUCCACACCUACCCAGUGCACGCUCCUCACGCCAAGUGCGGAGCCAACCUGUUGGUCGGAUGCGCCCCAAGCGUAGCACAUGCCCCAUGUGUCCCCGUGCACGGACAUGGACACGGAUACCCCGCACCAGCUCCCCACUACAGGGCUCCGGAAUCCGACUCGUUCGAUCAGUUCGAAGAAUAAGCGGAUCAUCGAUUGGACUGACGCGAAGGAACAACUUGCCUGAGAUGUGAACAUACUCGACUGAAUGAAAAGUGUUUGAAUGGUGUAAACGUUCAACUAAUUGUGGAGAAGUGUAUUAAGUUUGACCAACGAAUAAACCUAAUUUAUUGAAAUUUA